AUGGCUGUACCCCAUAGCAUUCCUCCUCCAACGGCAGCACCCAUCGAGACUAAAGACCAAGUUUUUGCCCGUAGCAAGGCAUUCUGGGAUAACUAUCUCCGGGGUCGCCCACAAGUUCCGCAGAGCUUCUUCCAACGCAUCUAUCGCUACCACUUGGAACACGGCGGGCGGUUUGGGACAGUUCAUGACCUUGGCGCGGGGAUUGGCCCGUACGCACAGCAGCUGCGGUCAAAGUUCGACCACGUUAUUGUAUCCGAUAUUGUGACGAAAAACGUGCAGCUGGCCGAGGAGCAUCUCGGACGCGACGGCUUCACCUAUCGCGCCGCGCCAGUCGAAGACGCGGACGACCUGCCGCCCGGAAGUGUGGAUCUGGCCUUUGCGACCAAUGUGAUGAGUCGCGGUUCGAAAGAAUACAAUGUGGCUCCUCUGGAGCUGCAGUGGUUUCGACCAGGGGCACUGCGCCUCCACCUGAACAUGGCCCAGGGCGGCAUUACGGGCCUCCUACCGCCAGAGCGACAACAUGAAGUGACGGAUCCUGACUUCUCAGGCCCUAGUGAUGUGGUCGUGUAUGAAACUGAUGAGGAAUGGCGCUUUCAAACCGACUUUGAGGGUUUCCUGCAGCAUUUCCGUUCAUUUCCUCACGCAGGGGUCAAUCCAGCGGCCUUUACAGGACUGUUGCAGGAGCUAAAGCACCUCGUGGGCGAGGAUGUUGGCCAGCUACUUUGA